AUGUAUAAAUAAUAAUCAAUUUUUCCAUUAUUAUUUGUUAUUGAUUUUCUCUCUACCUUUUAGGUGAAACUAUAGAAAAAGGUCCAAAUUACAAUCAAUUAAACUGUAAAAGACAAAAAUUUUGGUAAAAAUAUUGCUCCUUCAGUUAGAUCUAGGGGUAUUAGUUAUUAUUAUAAUAGGUUUGAAACAAAUGGCUAGCAGUUUUUAAGAUAGAAGUCUGUGGAUUAUAGUAAGACUAAUUAUUCAAUAUAGCCUAUUAUAAUAAAAGAUAAUGCUUUUAUUAAAUUUAGACUAAUUCCAUAAAUUCUGUAGAAAUUCUCCUUAUAGUUUGAGUUAAAACAAAAACUAAAAAAAUUUCUUAUCUCUAAUGUAGAAUAAUUCUAGAAUGAAAACAUUUUACAAGGUCAAAUGA